AUUCCGUUCGGAGUUUUCGGAGGAAGAAGUCAAGAAGACGACCGCGCCGAUUCCUUAUAAAUCGAGGAAGGAGGUUCACCUUCCGCAAACAAAGACGCAAAGUUUCAAAAGAGCUCGGCGUCUCUCUCUUACCCCUUCCAUUGCCGUUCCUCUUCAACACGAUGCCUAGUAUUCAGUGCGCACCGCCGCUGAGCCGCGAGGAGUACUCUUACAUGGCGAUGGUUGCCGAGGAGGCGGAGCGAUUUGACGAGAUGGGACGGAUCAUAGAGGAGAUGGUGAGGAGGACAUCUUCAUUGGGUGAGUUUGCGGCCGAUGAGCGCAACCUCAUUGCCAUUGCUCACAAGAAAAUGGUAGAUGCUCGACGCGCCUCAUGGCGGAAGGUUGUCUCCGUUGAAUCGCAAGAGGGGAAACUCAGCAGCGAGUUUAAUCCUAAGAUCGUCAAGAGUUUCCGCAAGAGGAUUGAGGCUGAGCUCGACGAAAUCUGUGGUGCAAUCAUCUCGCUGCUUGGCUCUCAUCUCAUCCCCUCCGCCUCAACAAGCGAGGCCAAAGUGUUUUUUCUUAAGAUGAAGGGGGAUUAUCACCGGUAUCUUGCGGAAUUUAAGGUUGGCGAUGGGAGGAAGCAUGCUGCGUUGCGCUCGAUUGCAGCGUAUAAGGAGGCGGAGGAUAUUGCUCUUGUGCAUCUGGCCCCAACAAAUCCAGCCAGACUUGGACUUGCCCUCAACUUCUCUGUCUUCUGCUUUGAGAUUCUUAAUUUAUCAGAGAACGCUCGCCAAAUAGCUCAGCAGGCAUUUAAGGAAGCUAUUGGAGACUUGGAUAAGCUAGCUCAGGAUUCUUAUAGCCAUGCGAGACUCCAAUUGCAAUCUUUGCAAGACAAUCUCACCCUCUGGAAUUAUGAUAUUCAGGAUGAAGCUGUUAAGGGAUGCUGACAGAAUUAGGAGCUUCACUUAGAUGUACUUAGUUGUCUUCUGUAUAUAAUUACACAAGCCAAGUUAGGAUUUAGUCACAAUGAUAGUUUGUUUAUUGUUAACGAUUUAGAUUUCUUUGGGACGACUUUUUUACUGUUUUUUAAAACAGCUUUCUAGUACAUUUUUUUUUACUAGAAAGCAGUUUUAAGAAACAAUAAAAAAAACUGUCCCAAACGAAGCCUUAAUCU